UCCACGGAAAGAGCCGAAGAUGUCGGGUCGGUCAUGUGAUCAGCUGUGUCCAAUCAGAGCUGAUCACAUGACAUGUACACUGAUCAUCAGAGCACUGAUGAUUAGUGUGCCCUGAUGAUCAGUGUAGCCCCAGCAGUGCCACCUGUCAGUGUCCAUCAGUGCCAGCUCUCAGUGCUCAUCCAUGCCACAUGCCAGUGCCCAUCAGUGCCAUAUCAGUGCCACAUAUCAGUGCCUACCAGUGCACAUCAAUGCCAAAUAUCAGUGCCCAUCUGAGCUGCCUUUCAGUGUCACCCGUCAGUGCCACCUAUCAAUGCCAAUCAGUGCA